AUGACAGCAACUGAAAUAUACGGUAUUUUCCUUAUUGUCUGUGCUGAAUUGGCAACAACGCCAACAGGAACAUCGAGCGACAAGAGUAAUGUUAACCGCAUUCUCAGCUACAAUUCUGAUGAUUUAUUUAACACCAUCCACAACAAAAGCAGCAACAUCAUCAGCAGCAGCCCAGGCAAAAAGAAUAACAGCGACGAUCAAAAGAAUUCUACGCCCAGUGAAUUCGGUGAAAUUCAUAACGUUGACAGCGAUAAUAUCCUCGAAAACAGCAACAACUAUACUAAAAGGAAGUUUAUUCACACUCAUUUUGGGAGAGUACGCAGUGGUAAUAGAAGUAACAGUAGUGACAAUAAGAACAGUAACAACAGUAACGACAACAGCAACGAUAACAAAAGGUUUAUUCGCAUUCAUUUUGGCAGAAGUGUUGAAGAAAACAACGCCGAUAACAAUGUCCGCACCUUUCAAAAUAACAGUGUCAAAACAGAAUUCAUUCGUGAUAAAUUUGAACCACUUUUCAAGUGUAACCAUGACGACAGAAGUUACAUCCUAAAACACAACAACGACGAAGGAAACAACAGCGACAAAAAAAGGAAGUUAAUUCACAUUCACUUUGACGACGGACUAGACAGCGGCAGCAACAGUAAAAGAAGAAACAUCCUGGAAUGCUUCGAUGACAAAAGCAGCGAAAAAAGGGCGAUCAUUCCCUUUCGGAUCGAGUUAGUGUUUGAUGGCGACAACGGCACUAACAUACUUAAAAACAGCAGUGAGGGCAAAAAUGAUAAAAGGAAGUUCAUCCGUAUUCAUUUUCGUUGCGUUUAUAAAUACAACGUCAACAGCAUUAACCACGACAACAACAACAAAAACAGCAACAGCGCCAGUGACAAAAAGAUUUUCAUUCAAAUGUAUUUCAGCCAAAUUUUUAACAUUAACAAUAAUAACAGCAAUGACAUCUCAAAAAAUUAUUUGAACUACACGAUUGAUGGCAGCAGCAACAGCAGCAGAAUGAGAAGCGACAUCCUGAAAUAUAUCGAAGGCGAAAACGACAAAAGAAAGUGGCUCAUUUGUUUUCCUCCCGUCCGAAUUUUUGAUGAUCGCAACAGCAGCGGCAUCCUCGAAAGCAACUGUGAAGACAAAAACAAUAAAAAGAAGUUCGCUCGCAUUCAUAUCGCCAUAACACCUAGCGCAAAUAAAAAGAAUGACAAUAAUAUCUUAAAAAGUAAAUUCAAGAAUAAAAAGAGUAACAACAAUAAAGAGUGGUCCUGGAGGAUUCCUACCUUCAGAAUAUAUGACGACAGCAACAAAACCAACAACCAGAACAACGGAAGCAGUGCGACGAAGUUAAUCCUCGACCAUUUUAUGAGAAAAUGUUGCGACUGUAUCAGCUUUAAUGUUAAUACUCGAGACAAGAUAACAGUAGAAUUGCCUAGCAGUGGUAGCUUCAACGAAGUGAACGGCGCCAUCUGUAUCAGCCUCGGUGAUAAACUUUGCUUCAGCAGUAGCUACAUCAACAAAGAAAAGAAGUUAUUCCGAACUGAUUUGUGUGAACUUUUUAGCAACAACGUCUCUAACAACAACAACGUUGAUAACAAAAGGAAGUUCAUUUGCAUUUACAAUAGCAGCAACAUCUUGAAGUACAAUGACCAGGGAAACAACAGCGACAAAAAAGGACGGAUAGUACCCGAUUGGCACCCCUUAGCGUUUGAUAACAGAAACAACAGUUAUAUCCUUGAAAGCAACAAGGAUAAAAGCGAUAAAACAAAUGCCAUUCAUAUUAAUGACCUAAUACUUAACGAGGAUAACAGCACCAGCGACAACAUCCUAGAGACUAGUGACGAGGACAACAACUACAACAAUGGGAGUAAAGGAUGGAUCAUUAGAUUUCCUGCUUGGUCACUAUUUGACGAAAGCAGCAAAACCAACAACGGCAUCCACAGUAAAGAAGGAUGGAUCAUUCGCAUUGAUUUUCGUUUAAAGUUUGACAACAGCAAAAGUAGCAACAUCUUGAAGAACAUAAGCGAGAACAAAGAAGAUAAAAACAAGUUCAUUCGCACUGAUAACAAAAACAGUAGCAGUAAAGGGAAAAUCGAGUGGAUUGAAACACGCAGACUUGACGACAGAAACAAAACCAUUAGUAACAUCACGUACAACGGUAGCAUGAACAGCAGAAGCAGUGCAACGAAUUUCAUCUGGAUCACCGUGUGCAGAAAAUGUAAGGACACCGGCAACUUAAGAAAUGAUAUUCGCGAAAAUAUUACUCUAGAACUGAACAGCAGUGACAUUUCGAAGGGACUGGACGGCAUCAUCAGCAUCGACUACAGCGACAAACUUUGCUCCACUAAUAAUAAUAACAAUAGUAAGAAUAAUGAUGAAAAAAAAUUCCGCUUUCACAGGUUCUGGGUAAUUAAGUUCCACAGCAGCAGCGAAAGCAACAGCAAGGAGAAAAACCAUAGGAAAUAUUACAAAAGGAUUCGUUUUGGCACAGCUAGUAACGGCAGUAAAAGAAAUAGCAGUAUAGGCAACUCCAUCAUGCGGUUCAUCCACAUUCAUUUUGCCAAACCAUUCGACAACAGCGGCUAUAGCAACAAUAACGUCCUGAAGAACAGCAGCGAAGCUAAUAACAACGCUCAGAAGAAGCUAUUCAGUAUAACUUUCAGCGAGGUUUCUAGAUGCAAUAAUAACGACUGCAAUAACAUCUCUGAAAGUAAUUGUGUUAACAACAAAGACGAUUACGAAAGAAAAUCACUUUGUUUCGAAUUUAACGAUACAUUUGACAACAAAUACAACAGACCUUAUGUUCAGAAAAACGAUGACGAGGAGACAAUCGUUCGCUGUCACUUUGAAUACGCGCCUUACAAGAGCAUCGACAGUAGCAGCAUCGGCAUCCUGGAACAAAUCAAUGAGGAUAAAAACCGCAAAAAGGGACAGUUCAUCCCCAGUUGGCCUAGACUGGCAUUUGAUGGCAACAAAAGCAGUAUCAUUCUUAAAAGCAACAGGGGGGACGAAUGUAUUAAAAAGAAGUUCAUCUGUAUUCAGAUCCUCACAUUACUUAAAACAAAUAACGAGACAGGUAUCACUAUCCUUGAAACUGACAGCGAGGGCAGUAGCAACGACAACAACACCUGGUGGCGCAGAUGCAUUCAUAUCGGAAAGGCACAUGACGAUAGUAAGAACAACAGCCAGAACGAAAAAAAUAAUAAAAAGAAGUUUCUUUGCAUCGACCUGAUGAGAAAAUGUAACGAUCGCAGCAGUUUUAGUAAUAGUACUCGGAACCAUAUAGAAUUACUUUUUAGUGGCAGCUUGAACGAAAUGAACAGCACCAUCACUAUCAACCUCAGCGACAGACUUUGUUCCAGCAGUAACUGUAACAAGGAAACAUCGUUCAUUCACACUGAUUUUUGCAUUGUUUUUGAUUACAAUAAUAAUGGAAGCAGUAUAUCCUCUAAAAGCAAUAACGUGAAAAAAAAUAACGACCAUGGUAAAAGGCAGUUCAUUUACGCUUACGAUACCAGUGAUUUCGGGAAGUAUCGUAACAACACCGGCAAAAAAGAGAAGGUAUUUCAGAUUUGGAAUUACUUAGAGUCUAAUGAGAGCAACAACCUUGACAAUAACAGCGAGGACAAAAUUGAUACCAAAGUCAUUUGCAUUCGCUUGGGCAAAGUACCUGACAUAACCGGUAAUAUCGGCAGCACUGCCAUAAAAACAAGCAACGAUGACAAAAACAGCAUCGACGACAAUAAGAAGCGUUUCGAGUGGAUGCCAUCCUUGCAUCUAUAUAAUGAAAGCAGCAAAGACAGCAACGAGAUCCUCAAAAACAGCAGCCACGACGACAGAAACAGCGCAGUGAAAUUCAUCUGCAUCUAUUUCGGGCGAAAAUAUAGCGAUAACAGUAGUAUUAGUAAUGAAAAGCACAACAAUAUAAUUAUCAAACUGCUUCGAAACGGCAAAUCAGACGAAAUGAACAGCACCUUUUGCAUCAACAUCAGUGGCAGGCUUUGCUCCAACAGCAGUAACAGCGAUAACAAGAAAGGUUCCACAUUGUCUUUUUUUGUCAGGUAUAUCCCUAUUACAACUGCAAUAACUUCUUUAGAAACCAAAAUGAAACCUACUACUUUGAUAAAUUUCCGGGAGGUCUUUAGCUGCAACGAUAACAAUGGUAGCAUCACCAGUCAAAACAGUAACGUGGACAACGAUGGUAGCAAUAAAGGAAAGUUCGUUCACAUCUAUUUCGAAAUGAAAUUUAACAACAUCAAAAACAAUACUUAG